UCCUCGCGAGGGGUUCGGUCUCCGGCCAGCCUCGGUUGCGCGAUCCCGGCCCGUCGCCGAAUGCUCCGGCAGCCAGAUUAGCGGCUACCGUUUCCCGCUGGCCGCCUCACCCGACCCAAAAAAAAACCCCAAAAAUUGGGAGAAACCGUCGUUGUUGCCCGCCGCCGUUUCGAAGGGAGGCCGUCGUCUGGAGAGAUCAUGGCGGAUUUCUCGCUGGCAGAUGCCAUAUUAGAUGACGUCCCAGGCCAGGCAAGCAAAAUAGGGACCACUAACCCAUCUGCCCCUGCAAACAACCCCCCUCCUGCUACAAACCCAGGAUGGCCUGGCUCGGCCCCUGGCGCCCCGGCCCAGCCCUCGGCUCCGGGUGACUUUCCUGGGGGAUCAUCUGGCCCGGGAGCACCAGGGCAGUUCCCUGGAGGGCAGGGUCCGUUUCCUUCCAGUCCCGGAGCUCCAGGGCAAUACCCCGGACCUCCUUCAGCACCUAGUGGUUUCCCACCAGGUCCUGGGAUACCAGGACAAUAUCCAUCUGGACCAGGGGCUCCAGGGCAGUUCCCAUCUGGCCCGGGAGCUCCCAGGCAGUUCCCGGGGCAGUACCCACCUGAAGGAGCUCCGGGACAGCUACCUGGAGCUCCUGUUCCCUACCCUUCUGGACCUUUUCCGUCUUGUCCUGGAGCACCCCCUGGGCCCUACCCUAAUGUGCCUUUCCCAGGGGGUCCACCUGGAGGGAAUGGGAUGUAUGGACCUGGUGGCCCAGGCACCUUUCCCCAUGAAGCUGGUCCAGGCUCAUUCCCUGGAUUUGCUGGUGGAGCCUUCCCUCCAGUUCCCGCUGGAUCAUGGGGCCCACCUGGGGGUGGAGGUUUUCCUCCUGCCCCUGCACCUGCCCCUGGACCCUUUGGCCCUGGGCCCAUGGGACCAUAUGGUGGACCUUCGGCUCCAGGAGGCAUGCUGAUGGUGCCCUACGAUCUGCCACUCCAUGCUGGAAUCAUGCCCCGGCUUCUGAUCACUAUAGUUGGGGAGCCUGUCCCCGGGAGUGACAGGUUCAACGUUGACUUCAUCAAAGGCACAGACGUCGUCUUUCACUUCAACCCGCGGUUUCACGAGCAAACCAUUGUCCGAAAUUCCAAUUUGGGCGGACACUGGGGACCAGAGGAACGGGAAGGAGGGUUCCCCUUCGUUCAGGGUCGUCGUUUCGAGCUCAAGAUCCUGGUGGAGGAGGAUAUGUUUAAGGUUGCUGUGGAUGGCACCCACCUGCUGGAAUACGAGCACAGAGUCGGUGGGCUGGAGCAGGUCAACCUGGUCCGCGUGGUUGGAGACCUCACCCUCUACAGCGCCGCCCCAAGCAUGAUCUAAACCUUCUGACCCAUGUCACAUGGUGUGAUGGGAAGCCUGGGUCAAACUUGACCCACCGUAUUUGAAAUCCUUUCAAAUACUGUGACGCAAUUUGGAGGAACUUGUGAGGCACAUAACCAGCCGAGUCAUACCAAUCUGUCCACCUGGCACUUGUUGAUCGAAGCACAAAUUGACCCAGGUUUGAUACAUUAUACCAGGCAAAGUCAUUUGUAGCUACUAAAAAGCGCAGUGUAUUUUAUGACAAUGAUAUCUGUAAAGUAGCCACUGAGUUGAAAUGUACCUUAAGCCGUUAUUUCAAAUGUUUUACGGCAAUACUAAUUUAUACCCAGUGGAAAGACUGCAGGCCAAGAAGGAAAGUGUUGUAUCGCAAAGAUUUUCUUUUUCUAAUUGAAUGCUGCAUUUACUUUAUUUUGUUUUUGUAUGCGAUACACAUUUACGGUGUCGAUGCAUGGGAGUAUGAUGCUGAAAAUCAUUGUAUAUUCUAUCUCAUUGCUUGACGACCCCUGGAAUUUGAACCAUCGCUUUGCUGACCUUCCAAUAUACACUAUUUUAUUUUUUUUUAGGUCCGGUUCAUUUGUACAAUUAUUUAUGUAUCAAGUUUGAAUCUUAACUUUCUUCAGUAUUAUUCCUUUGCCUCAGUCUUUUGACCGGAGGCUCAAGUCAUGUUUUACUAAAUACGAUUUAAUGAUGAAAUCACAUCUAAACCUAAAUUACACGAUUAGGACUGAAAUGUCCAUGCUGGAACGGGGAGAGUAGAGGACUUAUAAGUUGUUGCCAAAGACAUAACAGUGGUACAGUAUUUUGAGAAUAUAUGCUUAUGAAUAAAGGAAAGAAA